UUAGAUCGCGAACAAAUUUGUCCGUUUACGACAAACUGUGAAAUAGCCUUGGACGUAGUCGUACAAUCACCAUUAAGCCAUCUCUUCAAAAAGGUCGCAGUGAAAGUUGUUUUAAAAGAUAUUAACGACAACAGUCCUAAGUUUCCCAAUCCGAUUGUUAAUCUUGACGUAUCUGAAGCUGUAUUAGUCGGAGCAUCAAUUCCACUUGAAGGUGCGUCCGACGCAGACAGAAGUAAGAACAAUUCCCUACAGUCUUACGAAAUCGUUCCCACCAUUGGCGCCUUUGGCAUCUCUUACAGACAAAAUCUUGACGGCACUACGUUUCUAAACCUGAUUGUCCGCGAGGAACUUGAUCACGAAACGCAGGAUAAAUAUUCCUUACAGAUAAUCGCCAAGGACGGAGGACAGCCGCAACGCCAGGGUAUUUUAAGUGUGAAUGUAGCCAUCACGGAUGUCAAUGACAAUGUGCCAAAAUUCACUAAAGACAAUUAUACUGUCACCAUUGAUGAAAACGUAUCGCAUACCUCCGUCAUAAUUAACGUUCACGCAACGGAUGACGACUCCGGCGACAAUGGAAAUAUAACCUAUAAACUCAGUUCGCACCAAGACCUGAAACUAAGGACAUUGUUUAAUAUCGAUUCUAUCUCAGGUGAUAUGACAAUCAAAGGUAAUUUAGAAAAAGAAGCCACAGCACAAUACAACGUAAUUGUGGAGGCAAUAGACCAUGCGUUACAGCCUUUCACGAGUCAGACAGUAGUUACGAUCAACGUGCGUGACGUUAUCAACAGUCCACCUAUGUUAACUGUCAACGUUUUAUCAGAUGCUGCAAUCUCCGAAUAUGCCAGUGUCGGCACCGUUAUCGCCCAUGUAGCCGUUAAGGAAUCUGACCGCGGGCGGAACGGGAUUGUCUCAUGCCAACUUGAUGAUCCCAAUUACUUCCAGCUCCAAGGAUAUGAUCUGGACGAGUACAAGGUCAUUGUAGAAAAACCAAUUGAUUCGGAAAUUACCCAACAGCAGAACGUUACCAUCAUUUGUCAAGAUGCAGGAACACCUCCUCUGUCCUCGAAUUUCUCCUUCCUAGUGACUGUUAUCGACGAGAAUGAUAACACUCCAAUCUUUACCAACGGUAGAUAUUUUGGAAAAAUUUCUGAAAAUAGUCGAAUCGGACUGAGUGUUUUGAACGUCAGUGCUUCCGAUCAAGACCGAGGACAAAAUGGACGAAUUCGUUAUUUUCUCGGCCCCGAAUCUGCAGGCCAUUUCAAAACGCCAUCGACACCCUUUACAUUACUAAGUAAUGGAUCAUUAGUUUUAGAUAGAUCUCUAGAUUACGAAUCAAAACAAGUGUUUGGUUUUAAUGUUAUGGCCAUUGAUAAAGGGAUACCUCGCCUCAACUCCACGGCUGAAAUUGUCGUAAAAGUCAAAGAUGAAAACGAUAAUAUACCUAUUAUUACUUUCCCCAAUUCGCCUAGUUAUCUUAUUAAUGUGACGUUCGCCGAUAACAAGGGAACAGUGAUUACUCGUUUAAGGGCCAUUGAUUCUGACUCGGGGCUAAAUGGACAACUACGUUACGUCAUCACCAGUCGAAACGAUAGCGGGAGAUUUGAAGUUGAUGCAGAAACUGGAGAUAUAUACACUACAAAGAAUUAUAACUUGAAAGAUAUUGACUUUUACAAAUUAAUUAUUGGAGUCCAAGACAUGGGGACCCCACCAAUGGCCGCCCAUAUCACCAUUUACGUU